AUGGCAGGCUCUCAGAACCAUUGCAAUGUCUUUGAGAACAAUCUUUGGGCAAGAUCUACUUCCAGUGAUGUAGCCGCUGAUAUUAAUCGUUAUAAGUCAUAUCAGGCGCUAACCACUAGAACAUUGUCUAUUGUUUCUUCUUCGAUAUCCAUACUUUGGGGCUUACUUGGAUUUUAUUUCUUAUUAGCCAUUAGUCCAAAGAAAUGGGUUUUCAGACAUCAGUUGAUAUCAAUUCUCAUCUUUUACGACUUUAUAAAGGCAAUCUUUUUAUUAAUGUAUCCUGCUAGGGUGAUAAGUAAAGCCGCUGCUUACUAUGAUUUGGAUUAUUGCAAAGUAGUAGGUUUUUUCACCGCGAUGUCUAUUGAAGGUUCCGAUAUAGCUAUAUUGAGUUUUGCUAUUCACCUUGCUUUGCUUAUUUAUAAACCACAAGCAUAUGUUCAAAAUGGUAUCAACAAAGAGGGUGGGUUGUAUCGCGUCAGGCAUUCUUUUUAUGUAUUGGCAAUCAUUUUACCAGCUUUGCUUGGAUCUUUAGUAUUCAUCAAUCCCGAAGGCUAUGUACCGCUCACGAACUGGUGCUAUAUUCCAAGUCGGCCAAUUUGGCCCCGCAUGGCACUAAGUUGGGGUCCUCGAUACGUUAUAAUAAUUUCGAUUUUCAUAAUUUAUGCAUGCAUUUACCGACAUGUUACCAAACAAUAUCUGAAGCUCGGUGCUUCACUUGCGAGCUCUCAACGAGAGGGAAGUGAAAAGACAAUAAUGUGGAAAAAAUUCGCAAGAAUACUAAGAUUUGUAUUUUUCUUCAAGAUAAUCUUAUCGGAAUCGGCAGAUGAUGGAAGCGUAGAAAACAAAGAAAAAGAUGGUACUGACGCCUCGUCUCUUUCUAGUGGCAUGAAAACAACAGUGGUAGAAAAUGUGCAAUCGAAUCUAAGCAACGUGAGGAACGGGCAACAAAUAUCUGUUCAAAAGAGCAUAAGAAGAAACAACGUGGAACAAUUUGUUCAGAGAAAGUUACAAGUAGAAAGGCAGAUGAAAUCUAUCUUUAUUUAUCCUGUUUCUUAUGUUUUAUUGUGGAUUGCACCAUUGGUGGUGCAUGGCUUUGAUUUUAGAUAUGGUCUUGAUCGACCUCCAAUUUUUUGGUUAACUUGCAUUGCAGCAUUCAUGCAGCCAUUCAAUUGUACCAUUGAUACUAUAGUGUUUUUGGCACGAGAGAGGCCGUGGAGAAUUUCUGUUUCAAAGGUCGGAGUAUCUUCAGCUGAUAAUAAUAUAUAUUCGAGAUGGACUGACUAUAUCUCGUUCAUGCCUUUAUUCCGUAAGCCUGGAAACGAAAACACUUCAGAACCGAAAGAUUCUAAUUCGAAUUUCACCAAUUUGGCAUUUCAAGACCCGCAUGAUUUUUCUAAUAUCUUAUCCGACUAUAACGGUAAUAACAAAAAAGAUGACUACAGUUAUAAUCCGAGCUCAGGCAGCUCGACAAACAUUUUGAGAGCAACUUUAGGAGACCGGCUUAAAAGACAAGGACUGCGAGAUCAUUAUAAUCACCUGAAAAAUGAGAAGGAACAACAAACUAGCGAUGGAGUUCAUGAAGACGAAAAUAUAACGUUUUUGGAUUUUUUAGAGGCGGGUCCUCCAGGAUCCUAA